UCUAAUAUAUUAUCUCUGCAGGAGUGUAAUAUACAAGAGGUUCCAGAUGAUGAUGAACCUCCAGCAAAAAGUUCCGAUGAUAAGAAGGAAAAUGGACCAGAUACAGGAGAAGGUCAAGGUCGUGUUCAAGAUUACUAGCAAGGUUCCUUACAAAACAGUUUUGAAAGCCCACAGCGCCCUUCUUUUGAAGGCUGAGAGUAUGCAAGAGAAGGUUGAGUGGAUAAACAAGAUAGUAAGUGUUAUGCAGCCUUCAAAGGGAGCUCCUGGCAAGGGAAUGCAAUCUUCUGAAUCUGGUCCGCCCGUUCGACAAAGUCUUUCUCAUAUAUGA